ACCGUUUUUGGUUAUUGUGCCGGAUCGUGUGUGUCAAGCGAGCAUUGCGAUUGAAUCAACGUGGACUCUAAUAAAUAAAACAAAAUGUCAGAAAUAUCCAUGGCUGAAUCGCCGCACCUGAAACAAGUUGAUCUAACAACCCUAAAUCUCCAGCAACUCACAGUUCUGAAGCAGCAACUGGAUCGGGAGCUGGGUGUCUUUCACGACUCGUUGCAAACCUUAAAAAUUGCUCAAAGUAAAUUUCAAGAGUCUGGAUCUUGUCUGGAGAAGAUUACUCCUACUAUGAAAGGCAAUGAAAUUCUUGUACCGUUGACUGGCUCGAUGUAUGUUGCUGGGAAAUUAGCAGACACAACUAAUGUAUUAGUUGAUAUUGGGACUGGGUAUUAUGCUCAGAAGAGUGUUCCAGAUGCAAAGAAUUACUUCGACAGGAGAGUCGCUUAUGUUACAGAACAAAUGGAAAAAAUUCAGCAGCUAGGUCUUGAUAAAAGCAAAGUAAGAGACGCAACAGUGGAUGUGAUAGAAAUGAAACUACAAAGUCAGAUGCAGAAAGAAGUCCCGGAGCAUGCAUAAUACAUUAAACUUAAUAAAUUCAGUGUUUAAAUGUGUUUCCUUUGUCAUUUAUGUUAAUUCACAUCACCGCUAUUACUGAAUUGUAUCACUUUGCAUUUUAUUGUUGAACUUUAAUAAUAAUUAUGCAUUGUAAGGCGAAAGUAAAUUUAGAUGUAAAUCAAAAUACGGAAUGUAUUUUGUAAUAUUAUCUGUUCUACAUCAUAUGAAAGGAUAUCAUUCAUUUACAUAUUGAUAUAAUAGUUUAUUUUGUACAGCAGUAUC